AUGUCUGCCGAAGAACAAGAACCAACAACACCAUCCUCCAAGAGAGCACUCGAGAGAAAGAAGCAACACGAAGAAUUGUUAGCCAAGGUGAAAUCUCAAAAGGAAAAGAACCGAUUGGUCGUUGAUGAAGCCUCUCAAGAUGAUAACAGCAUUGUCGGUGUUCACCCAGAUACCAUGGAAGCCCUCGAAUUAUUUAGAGGUGAUACUGUUCGUAUUGUUGGUAAGAAACACAAGGAUACCAUUGCUAUUGUAUUAUCCGAUGAAGAUUGUGAGAAGGGUAAAAUCAAGAUGAACAAGGUGAUGAGAAAGAAUUUACGUGUUAGACUUGGUGAUGUUAUUAUCCUCAAACAAUGUCCCGAUGUAAAGUAUGGUAAGAGAAUUCAUGUUCUCCCAAUUGAUGAUACUGUUGAAGGCUUAACUGGUGAUCUCUUUGACAUCUUCUUGAAGCCAUACUUCCUUGAAGCAUACAGACCAGUCAGAAAGGGAGACUUGUUCAAUGUACGUGGAGGUAUGAGAUCGGUCGAAUUCAAGGUCGUUGAGACUGAUCCAGAUGAAUAUUGUAUUGUUGCUCCCGAUACUGUCAUUCACUGCGAAGGUGAUCCAAUCAAGAGAGAAGACGAAGAAGCAAGAUUGAAUGAAGUUGGUUAUGAUGAUAUUGGUGGUGUUAGAAAGCAAUUGGCUCAAAUCAGAGAAAUGGUUGAAUUGCCAUUGAGACAUCCACAACUCUUCAAAUCUAUUGGUAUCAAACCUCCUCGUGGUAUUCUUUUGUAUGGUCCUCCAGGUUCUGGUAAGACCCUCAUUGCAAGAGCAGUUGCCAAUGAAACUGGUGCAUUCUUCUUCUUGAUUAACGGUCCAGAAAUUAUGUCCAAGUUGGCUGGUGAGUCCGAAGCAAACUUGAGAAAGGCUUUCGAAGAAGCUGAAAAGAAUGCUCCUGCUAUCAUCUUUAUUGAUGAAAUUGACUCUAUUGCUCCAAAGAGAGAAAAAGCUAAUGGUGAAGUUGAAAGAAGAAUUGUUUCUCAAUUACUUACUCUCAUGGAUGGUUUGAAUUCAAGAUCGAAUGUCAUUGUCAUGGCAGCAACAAAUAGACCAAACUCAAUUGAUGAAGCUCUUCGUAGAUUUGGUCGUUUCGACAGAGAAAUUGAUAUUGGUGUUCCUGAUGAAAUUGGACGAUUGGAAGUUUUAAGAAUUCACACAAAGAAUAUGAAAUUGGAUGACGAUGUUGAUUUGGAAGCUGUUGCCAAGGAAACUCACGGUUAUGUCGGUGCCGAUCUUGCUCAAUUGUGUACUGAAGCUGCCAUGAACUGUAUCAGAGAAAAGAUGGACUUGAUUGACUUGGAGGAAGACACCAUUGACGCUGCAGUUUUGGACUCUAUGGGUGUCACAAUGGACCACUUCAGAGCUGCACUCACGACUCAAUCACCAUCAUCGCUCAGAGAAACUGUUGUUGAAGUUCCAAACGUCACAUGGGCAGAUAUUGGUGGUUUGGAGAAAGUCAAACAAGAAUUGCAAGAAUUGGUUCAAUAUCCAAUUGAAUAUCCAGACAUGUUUGCCAAGUUCGGCCAAGAAGCUUCAAAGGGUGUCCUUUUCUAUGGUCCUCCUGGAUGCGGUAAGACACUUCUCGCUAAGGCCAUUGCAAACGAAUGUCAAGCAAACUUCAUUUCUGUUAAGGGUCCAGAAUUGUUGACCAUGUGGUUCGGUGAAUCUGAAGCCAACGUUAGAAACAUUUUCAACAAGGCUAGAGCUGCUGCUCCUUGUGUCUUGUUCUUUGACGAAUUGGACUCUAUUGCUAAGGCAAGAGGUGGAAGCCUCGGUGAUGCCGGUGGUGCUUCUGACAGAGUUAUUAACCAAAUUCUUACAGAAAUGGACGGUAUGGGAAAGAAGAAGAACGUAUUCAUUAUUGGUGCUACCAACAGACCAGAUAUUAUCGAUCCUGCAGUCAUGAGACCAGGUCGUUUGGAUCAAUUGAUUUACAUUCCAUUGCCAGACGAAGGUUCAAGACUUUCAAUUUUGAAGGCAUCUACCCGAAAGUCACCACUUGCUCCUGAUGUCAACAUGCAAGCAAUUGCUUUGGCAACUAAGGGAUUCUCUGGUGCUGACUUGACUGAAAUUUGUCAACGUGCUGCCAAGUUGGCUAUUCGUGAGUCAAUCCAAAGAGAAGUGGAAUAUAGAAGACAAAAGGAGGAAGAAAGAAAAUCCAAGCAAAUGGAAGAGGAAGAUGAAGACGAAGAAUUGGAAGAAAAUAUGGACUUUGUCCCAUACAUUACAAGAGCUCACUUCGAGGAGGCCAUGAGAUUUGCUCGUAAAUCGGUUCCAGAACAUGAAAUUAGAAAGUAUGAAAUGUUCUCAACAUCUUUGCAACAAGCUGCUGGUGAUGUCAGAAACUUCAAGUUCUCGGAUUAUGACACUUCAGGCACCACCUCGACAACUACCACAACCGAAGAAGUCAUGGACACUGAUCUCUACCAAUAA